UACCAAGCUUUCCGAACGACCUUGACACGACAUGAAGGUCGACUCUUUUCAUUUCAUUGUUCAAGCAGAGAAGAUAUCGGAGUAAACGUUGAGUAUAUUUGGCUCUCUAAAUCAAAAAAUGACAUCUCAAGCUCGACAAAACUUCCACGAAGAAUGUGAAGCAGGGUUAAAUCGUCAAAUUAAUUUAGAACUGUAUGCUAGCUAUGUUUAUCAGUCAAUGGCACUACAUUUUGAUCGUGAUGAUAUAGCAUUACCAGGAUUUCACAGAUUCUUUAAAAAGCAGUCGGAUGAAGAGAGAGAACAUGCUGAAAUUCUCAUGAAAUAUCAAAAUACUCGUGGUGGAAGAAUUGUUUUACACGAUAUUAAGAAACCUGAAAGAGAUGAAUGGGGUGUUGGAUUAGAUGCUAUGCAGAUAUCUCUAGAUUUAGAGAAGAAAGUUAACCAAUCUCUGCUUGAUCUACAUAAAAUAGCUCAAAACAAUGGAGAUGUUUCGAUGGGAGAUUUUCUAGAAGGAACAUUUUUAGCUGAGCAAGUAGAAUCUAUUAAACAGAUCUCAGAUUAUGUAUCAAGUUUAAAACGGGUUGCACCUGGUCUCGGAGAAUAUAUGUUUGAUAAAGAAACAUUGGGUGAAAAAUAAAAUAAAAAUGUGCAAUCUUUGAGUGAUCUCAUUUAAAGGGGAACUGAAUUAACUGAAUUGAUAUGGAUGCAUUCAUGGGACCCAAUAUGAAAUAGUUCAUUCAAUACAAUAUCUGAUAUUUGGUAGAUUACUGGUACAUGUAACUUGGUACAGACAACUUCUAAGAAAAAGAUUAUUUCUUUUUACAAUACCAGAUAUUUACAAUACAAACAUUUAUGAAACAUUCCUUAAAUUAAUUUGUAGUCCUAGGCAAUAUAUGUAAUAUUCAAAGCCGAUUUCAGUUCAUUUAAUUCAGUUUGCUUUUGAAGUGUAACAGUACCGUAUAUGAAAUGAUAACUUGUAAUUUGCGAGUGAAAAUGAAAGAAAUGAUUGCAGCCAAGGGCUAAUUAGUGAUGUAUUGAAUAAUAUAUAAAUAUUGUCUUAUUUUUUAAAAAUUUUGAUUGCAAUUUAUUUGAUAGUAAUAUUUUUGUGAUUGUUAAUGUACUUAUUGUUUGUAUAUCUGAUGUUGGAUAACUACUGCCAGCGGUAAUGUAAAUCUAACAAUAUUUGAAACAUACCGGUAUAUAAUGAAUUAAUACUUGUUUUUUCUCAGGGGAUUGAGGACCAAUUUAAUCAUACUGCAUCUCAUUUUGAUCUGAUAGAAAUGCAUUUAAAUAUAUGUUAAAUGCUUUUGCCAUAGAACUGAAAACAUUUUAAUAUUUAUAAAUUUUAAGUCUGUAUUUUUCUCAGGGAUUGGGAAUCUUGAUUAUUUGUAUGAGAAUAUAAAUCAAUAAAUGAAGUAUGAUUUCAUGAAUGUUUAAAUUUUCAUUUAUUUG